GCCUUUAAAGCAGCAGAUUACCCUCAGUAGCUUCAGUGUAUCUGAAGGAGCCGUGAUGAUGACUCUGAGCGUGACUCUCUGCAUUACUGUUCUGCUCAGUCAGUACAGCACCGUUACAGCAGGUGUUGUGAUGAAGAAUCAAGGAGAAAGUCUGACCAUGACUUGCACAACCACAAAAAACAGCAACAACAUUGGUUUAUAUCUGAAAGCAAGACGCCCCGAGAAGUGUGAAUUGUUUUACUAUGCGAAUACGAAGGAUUCAGCUGCAUCUUAUGGCUCAGCCUAUGAAGGAAGGGUGACAGUCAGCGGUGAAAUUGAGAAACUAACGGUGAAGAUCACUGAUCUGCAAAAGGAGGACUCAGGCUUCUACUUCUGCCAGUACGUCUUGGUAAAUGGCGCAAAAUUUGAAAGCAAUGAGACAGAUAGCCUUUUGCUGUUUGUGAAGGAAGUGGAAAACAUCGUCACUACUGCAGCUUCUACUGGCAAUUUACAUGAUUCACCCAAUGUGAUGGUGCUGGUCUCCAUCCUGACGGCAUGCACUGUUGCCUUACUCUGUUACCCAAGAUGAAGACCCUGUGUGCAAGCCAGGGAGAGGAGAACGGAUCCAAAGCUUAUCACGGCAUAUAUGAAGACAUGACCGCCCACCGCUCACAGCUAAGACACUAAUUUCACCCUCGCCUGCCUUUCUGCGCUCACAGUGCAGAGCUUUGAACCAAUCUAUCAUGACCGCAAUCUUCCAGAAGAAGACUGGAAACUGUACUUUGUGCUUUUCACUGUUUGCAAUAUCUGAUCAAUUACAGGUUUUGCGGCUGAAUCAAGACGACAUUUACAAAAUCAAACCAACACCAGUUCUGUCGGUCUAAUUCAAACCAGAGUGUUGCAACAGGUGUUGCAGGUUUUUAAGCUAGAUUUUUUAAAGACAUUUAAUAAAAAAAAAACUAAAAACAGUAUGUUUACUGUAUAAAGUUGCUGUACAUAAUUGUCAAGAAAUUAAAUGUGUGUUGAUUACUGUUUAGUUAUGUGAAAAAUAAGAUAGGAGUAAAAAUAUAGCAAUAUAGAUAUAAUCAGUGAUGAAUGAGUGUCCCUUGUUCUUCAAAGCAAAGUGUAAAAAAUGUGCCAAAAAGUGAUUCUGCAGCACAAUGCAGUGUAGUUUAAUGAGUGGUAAAUAAACAAUAAUGCAAUAUACAAUUAUAUUGAAAUCUCUGUUGUAUGCUAUGUAUAUACAUAUAUGUGUUCUGGUAAGAAGACUGAACUAUUCUCUUAAUUUGGGGUAAAUAACUGUAAAAGAUGCUCCUAAUUCUGGGUCUACCUUCAGGAAUGAAACCACAGUAGUGAGAAUAUCACUUUCAGAGAAAUCUAAAAAGUAUGUGUAAAUGUGUAUAUACUGUUUUGUGUGAAAUGUCUGGUGUAAUGAAAAUAUUAAUGUAAAAUGAGCUAUAUGAGCAAUAUGUUUUGAUACAGGCAAUAAAGAAUUUUGUAUUUGA